GUACGGUUAGGUACAGGUGGCUUUAUCAGCACUGAGUGAGGGAGCUGUAUUCGGAUCUUCGCUCCGAGGUGUGCAAUUUCAUGAAGGACAAUAAGGGGGCGUAGUUGCUUCCUGUUCUACCAAGUGAACGAUGAAACUAAAGCGAAAGGGAAUGAAACAACACACUUGAUGCGCAGAUAAAUAACGGUCCUAGUGGGCGACGGACUGAACUGGGCCUCAUCGACAGCGAAAAAGGAACUUGGCGAUUGCCGGUUUAAGACAUUUCCCUCGCCCGCCUGGAAGGGGCCAGCGAAAUGGCGCUGAGCUCCGGCGGGUGGGCUCCCACGCCUCCGCCGGCCCCGUCUCCUUCCCUGUCUGGGUUCGGGAGUUCUCGGGCCGGUUGUAGCACCGUGCUGAUGUCGGUCCGGGUUUCGGUGUGCCAUUCCGGGAUCCGGCCGCUGUGUUUGCCGGGCGCAGGGGACGAAUCUCUCCGUCUACAGCUGAGCAUGAUGCCGGGCAGGGCAGGGGAGUUCCGCCUAGCACUGCGGGACGCCAGUGACACUGGGACCGGGCGCAGCGUGUCCAUUGCAGAGUUUGACCUGCGCAGUGUAAAGUAUGAGGUCAAGUCUCCGCGCUGUCACGAGCUCUGCUUGGCCACGCCUCCACAUGACCGCAUCAGCUUCAACUUCCGCUGCGAGAAGGAGGCACAAGAGUGGGCUACCGUGGUGAUGUCAUCUCUCCGGGAGGCACACAGAGUGGCAGUUUCUCAGCCAGCAGAAGAACAGCAGCUCCAGCUGGAACCUCUCGAACCCAAGACUCCGAUGUCGCUACCCCGGACAGAGGACCUGUGUCUGGAAUUAUCUCAGGCCAUCGAAGCUGGCGAUACCCAGGGUGCCGUGCAGUGCGCCUCCACCCUGGCUCACCAACAGGUGGUGCUCAAGAUCCAGCUGUCCGAGAAGAGCUACACCGAUGCUGAAAUUAACCUGGCUGUCGUGGUGGAGGAUGCCUCCUCAUCCUGUUGUGUCACGGUGAAAGUCUCGCCCCAAAUGACCAUCGCAUCCCUGAAACAGCAGGUCUUCCUCGACUAUGGCUUCCACCCACGGGUGCAGCGCUGGGUGAUGGGCCAGUGCCUGUGCACGGACCCACGUUCGCUUGCCUCCUAUGGCGUACGUCGUGACGGCGACACCGCCUUCCUGUACCUCCUGUCGGCACGCCAGGCCCGCCUGACCCGCCAGCUAUGCCAGCAGGACCAGGAAAGUGCCCUGCUGGCAUCAGCACCCCCUGGGAACGGGCCCGUCUCACAAGACUGGAGGCCUUACAGCACACUGCCCUCCAGGCUGUCCCACGGGAGCACCGGCAGCACUGCGAGUGGGGUAGAGAAACUCGGUAUUGGUGAAAUCCGAGAACUCAUCAACCUAGAGAUGCCUCAGCUGAAUGAAGCAUUGGGCUCUGGUGUACAGCAAGGUUGGCCCUGCCCCUCUUGUACCUUCAUCAACAAGCCCACACGACCUGGUUGUGAGAUCUGCAGCGCGGACCGGCCUGAUGGAUACACAGUGCCCGGGGGGUACCAACCAGACCCACUAGAGCUGCGACGUAUGGAGAAGGAGAAGGAGGCUGUCCGGCAGUAUCAACAGGCUAGGGAAGCCGAGAGAAGGGAGAACUUUGCCCGGCUGGUGAUGAUGGAUGGGCAGGACCUGGUGCCAAACCCGGACAGCGUGGAGUGCCGCAUCUGUUACCUGGAGCUCCAGCCGGGGGAAGGGGUGCUGCUCAGAGAGUGUCUGCAUUGCUUCUGCAAAGAUUGCCUGCGCUCCGUGAUUCUGAUGUGCGAGGACCCCGAGGUGGCCUGCCCAUAUCGAGAUGAUGCGUACGCCUGCGACAGUGUACUGCAGGAGAGAGAGAUCCGGGCACUAGUGACGGGGGAGGAGUACGAGCGCUGGCUCCAGCGGGGACUGUCCGUGGCCGAGUCGCGCUGCAAGAGCAGCUACCACUGCGCCAGUCCCGACUGCAGCGGCUGGUGCGAGUACGAGGACACGGUCAACAGCUUCCACUGCCCUGUCUGCAAGAGGCAGAACUGUCUGCUCUGCAAGGCCAUCCACGAGGGAAUGAACUGCAAGCAAUACCAGGACGACCUUUCUGCCCGCGCCAUCAAUGACUCCGCUGCCCGCAGGACGCGCGACCUCCUAAGGACCCUGGUCCAAUCCGGCGAGGCCAUGCACUGCCCGCAGUGUGGCAUAAUUGUGCAGAAGAAGGAGGGCUGUGAUUGGGUGCGAUGUACCGUCUGUCACACUGAAAUCUGCUGGGUCACCAGGGGCCCACGCUGGGGGCCUCGGGGGCCUGGCGACACCAGCGGAGGCUGCCGCUGUAACGUCAACAAGCAGCGCUGCCACCCCAAUUGCCAGAACUGCCACUGAGAGGGCAAGACAGAUAGACAGACAGGCUGACAGGCCACCCAGAAACAAGGGCGGGAAGAACCUAUCUACAAUGAGCCACAGUCAUUGGCUAAGUCUGCCUGUCAAUCAGACCCUGAGAAUUUUCACACCUGGACAAAGCUAACAAACUCAUGCAACAACCUCUUCAGAGUAAAAGCACCUAUUUAGAAAAAGCCAUGUUUUGGUCGAGGUAAUAUUAAGUACUUCAACUACUUAUGCUCAGGUCUAAUGUGCGUAGCUAUAAACAGUUACAGAACAACCAGGUUGUCUUCACACUUUCUUCCAUUAGCCACAUUUACACUGUGUUCUCCUUAACUGAACUGCCCAGGUACCCACCGAUAUGCUAAUUGGUGCUAAGUGGGCUUUUCUCAGCUUGUAAGAAAUCUACAACUGUCUUUAUGGACUGUCCACACUUCCAUUGUGCCUUAUUGACCCACGUGUAGCACUAAGCAAUUACCCCACUCAUGUAAAUGUGGACAAACCAUGCAAGACAUUGUGCUGUUUAAACUGACAAGGAGUGAGGAGUUAAUAAAUAAAUUUUGUGUUUUGAAAAA